CUUCUUUGGUUCUCUUGUGGAGACAUGGUUCAUGGUAGAGCGCUUGUCCAGCAUGCACAGGUGCUGCUUUCAAUUCUCCUGCCCCUGCUCUUAUCGACUCAGAGCAGCUCAGGAUGCAGCCUCUGAACACACAGCUGUGCCUCUCCUUGCUGCUGCUGUCCUUGGGCGGGUCUCAGGCUCAGAAACCGGGAUACAAGGUGCAGGUGCAGAGCCGGGUGAAGGUGCAGGAAGGGCUGUGUGUCCUCGUGCCCUGCUCCUUCUCCUACCCCAGCCAGGAGGCAGGUCAAGAUCACUCCCCAGCUCAUGGCUACUGGUUCACAGAAGGAACCAACACAGACACCGGGGAACCAGUGGCUUCUACCAACUCAACUCGAUCCGUGCAAGCCUUGACCCAGGGUCGAUUCCAGCUGGUGGGAGACCCUCAAAGGAACAACUGCACCCUGUUCAUCAGAGAUGCCCGGAGAGGCGACCAGAGGCAUUACUUCUUCCGAGUGGAGAAGGGAGGGAAACUGAGAUAUAAUUUCCUGGUGGACAUGUUCUGGCUGGAAGUGACAGACACUGAGCCAGACAUCUUCAUUCCCGAGACCCUGGAGCCCGGACAGAAGGUGACCAUCCUCUGCGUGAUUCAUGGGAUCUCUGAGAACUGUCCGGCCCCUUCCAUCUCCUGGUUAGGGCCUGCCCUCUCCACCACUGAGAGCAGACCCCAGACCUCCUUCCUGUCAGCCAUCAGCCUCACACCACGCCCGAGUGACCACGGCACCCAGCUCACCUGCCGAGCGGCCUUCAGAGCUGGCGUCACUGUGCAGAACACCAUCCAGCUGAGCGUGGCCUGCGCCCCCAGAGACCUGGAGAUCACCAUUUUCCGUGACAACGCCCAAGAGGCCCAAGGAAACACAACAUGCAUGGACGUCCGCAAAGGCCAGUUUCUGCGGCUGCUCUGCACUGCGGCUGGCCGGCCUCCCCCCAUGCUGACCUGGGUCCUGGGGAACCGAGUCCUCUUGAGGUCAAAUGCCGCGCACCCUGGAACCCUGGGGCUAGACCUGCCCAGGGUUAAGGUCAGGGAUGCGGGUCGCUAUACCUGCCACGCGGAGAACAGACUAGGCUCCCAGCACCGCGCCCUGGACCUCUCUGUGCAGUACCCUCCAGAGGCGCUGACAGUGACCGCUUCUCAAGGAAACAGCACAGAGCUGGAAAUCUGCAGGAACGGCUCAUCCCUCCGCAUCCUGCAGGGACAAAGCCUGCGCCUGGUCUGUGUCACCCACAGUCACCCGCCAGCCACACUGAGCUGGGCCCGGGGUUCCCAGACACUAAGCCCCCCCUGGCUCAUGGAGCCUGGGGUGCUGGAGCUGCCCGUGGUUGAGGCAGAACAUGAAGGAGAAUUCACCUGCCGGGCACAGAACCUGCUGGGCACCCUGCACAUCUCCCUGAGCCUCUCUGUGCACUAUGAAGGCUCCAUCUCUGCAGCAUUCUCCAAGGGGGCGGGCCUGGGCAUCGGUGCCACGACUCUCCUUUUCCUCUGCCUCAUCGUGCUCAUUGUGAAGAUGUUACGGAAAUCACAGCCUCAGGCAGAGACGUGCAGAACCCAGGUCUCCCGGCGCAGCACCAUCCUUGAUUACAUCAAUGUCAACCCUAAAGCCCAGGCCCCAAAUCUGAAGGGCAAGCCAAGCAGCCCUCCCAGGACCACUUCUCCAGGCACUGGCUCCCCAGAACCAAGGAAGAACCAGAAGGCCGCCCUGAGCUGCCCUGAGCCCACAUCACCCACACAAGGCCCAGACCCCGAGAGCUGCCCAGAAGAACUCCAUUAUGCUGCUCUCAACUUCUCCUGGCCUCUGGAGACCCCGAGGCCCAGGGACCCUGAGGAGAAUUACGCAGAAAUCCAUUUCCACAGAAGGUCCCCUAAGCUGUAGAUCUGGACCUCAGCCAGGGAGCCAGGAGGAGGCAAUAAAGAGGCUCAACGCA